AUGUCUGGAGGAGAAAGAGUCACCUGCGCGAUGGUGACGACGAGAGCGAGGAAGAGGAAGGUUGGUGAGAGAGAUUCUUUGUGGGAUUUGGUCGUGAAGAACGACGAUAUAAGUUUGACGCAUAUCGUUCCGAGAUUGAAUCAAACGGAGGUGAAAUUCUUGUACGAUGUGAACAGUGAAACGAGAAAGUUGAUUAAGAGAUCGUCUCGCGCGGGUGAUUUAGAAAAGGGGUUUAGAGUGUACGAGAUGUCGUCGAUAUCGACUUUGGAAGUUGCGUUGGAGAAUAAAUCGUUGUGGCCGAGAUGGUGGGACGAAACAGAUUUCUGCCGUGAAGUUGCUGAAACGAAUAAACUCGAGUUACUCAAGUGGGCGCGAGAGGAGAAAAAUUGUGAGUGGGAUAUAAUGACGAUUAAUAUGGCCGCAAGUCAAGGUAAUCUGGAAAUGGUGAAGUAUUGCGUGGCAAAUGAGUGUCCUAUUGAUGAGAGGGCGUGUGCAUGGGCUGCCUCACAAGGUCAUCUCGAGUGCCUCAAAUACUUAUGCGAAGUAGCGAAAGCGCCGUGGGAUUGGAGAAUUGCCGCUUGGGCGGCUGAAAAUGUUUACCUUCACAUACUCGAAUAUCUUGUUGAUCGUAAGUAUAAUAAAUAUAACGAAUUGGCGUGUGUAUAUGCGGCCAUGAACGGCCAUUUGGACUGUUUGAGGUACUUACACGAAACCGCCAAAGCGCCUUGGGACGAGGUCGCCAUACGCUCCGCGCACGAGGAAAACCACCCCGAAUGUGUACAAUACCUCCUCGAUAACAACUGCCCUUUACCAUUGGAUUGGCGAUACGAAGAUGGAGAGUUACACGUACCAGAAUCAGAAUCGGAAUCAGAAUCCUAA